CAAAAAGUUAAGAGAGAAAAGUGCAACGCAGUGGUCAGCCUCAGUUGCAGGGGCAUUGCGUUACCUACAGGCAAUCACUGCGGUAAUAGUGUCGGGCUUGACCCCCUGAAAUUAUUGCCUUGUCUCAUUAUUUAUGCAGCGUACAGGUGAUUGCACGCGUCCGUCCACGCCAUCCGUCUGCUUUAGCUGCAUCUAGGUGAUUUGCUAGGUUUUGUGGAGACACACCGGUGUGGGUACUUAUUCGGUACUUCGGUGCCCACGCGCAUCCUUGUUUUGUUCCUUCCUCAUAUCUUCGUCUGUCUCCGCUGAAGGCAGUUGGUGCAUCGGUCCGAGCAUUUGGUGGUGGUGGUGGUGGUGCUUCUGUUUUGAUAGUUCAGACAUCUUUUCAGUUCUGAAGACCUCUUAUGGAUGUGUUGACCUUGUUGUCCGCACAGUCUAAUGCACGCUAAUAAAUGCGCAGCGGCUUGCCUGCGCAGGAACCUUUGUUGUUCGCGCUGCUUUCUGGAAAGGCGGUUGACGCAGUCAGGCCGUAUUGCCGCCAUUGGCACAUAUUCUAACCAGAACGUGAGUUAGUUCCAGAUGUGGCUGUCGAUGGGAGGGGAGAUGCUCUUGAGGAUGUCGUGACUUACCGCCAUUUGAGAGUAAAGUUUUUUGACAGCGUCGAAAUGCAUUGGAUCUGAAUGUCAAGCAUCGGUGAUGGAUCUGAAGUGGCAGAGGAAUGUGUCGGUGCCUUUUGAGUAUUCGGGUCGUCGCUCCUAAUGACAACAAAUAGAAAAGGCGAUGUCACAGUCUUUCGCAAGGAACGGAAUCAACCAUCGUGUACGGCAGAUGUGACAAUGGAGGGAUCGUCAGCGUGUGGGAUACCGGUGGCCGGCCAAAACCAACGAAUGGCUCCACUGCGGAACGAUGUACGCUACAGGAGAUGCCCACGAGUGGCAAUGACUCCUAGGGGCGGUUUCGAGCGGAGAGCAAGCGCUCUAGUGCCCCUUUCCCUUUUGGUUAUCACCUUGCUAACAAAGGCAGAAGGAAAGAGUUCCUCUAAUACAGAGGCAAAAUUCGAAUCACACGGCGCAGCCCAGUUUUCUCCGUUGACUGUUGUGAACCAACCACCAGCAGAGCCUUUGUCUGCGGCUGUAGAACAUGCUGUGAAUAAUUCAAACGACCCGUCAGGUUCGCAUGAUCCUUUGCUGCUUAACGACGGUGUUGACUCAGAUGAAGGAUCUCGUCCUUCCAGACAGGAGCACGAAGAGGCCGAUGGAUGGGGCCAGUUUGGCAGCCGGCACCUUGCUGAUGUAACACAGAGUGGUAAACAGCCACAGUCGGAAGACAUUCAGAGCGGGUCGCAGGCUGGUGUCGCCAACCACUUGUCGCUUGCCGUCGGUAAUUCAUCGUCUGUGAAGAAAGAGGACGUCGAACAAGGAAUGUCGGACGAGACCGAGUUUGAGCCGAGCCACAGUGACCCCGUGGGUAAAAGACACCCGCGGCGUCUUCGAGGGGAAGGUGCUGCUGCAGAGGCAGCAGACGCGGUGAGGCAACUCUCCGUCGAACCUUCGUCCGUCAGUGAUCCUCCUUCACACCCUCAGUUCGGCGUAGAACAAGAAAGUGAGUUUGUUACAGGUGCCGAGAAGCGCCCUCCUCCCACGGCUGUGCCGGUGGCAACAACGAGAGCAGUGCAACCCGUUGGCAUCGGUGUUUUGUCGACAACAACUCUGCUGGCAAAGAGGGCACUAGAAGAGGUGGGCAGCCUGGGGAGGGGCAUUGGAUUGUAUCUUUAUGGCGUUGUGUUCAGGGGUAACUUGCUUCUGCAAGCGAAUGUGCUGGGUAAGAUCAAGGAAAACAUCGGAGUGCUCGAAUUCGUCGAAGAAUUCCAGCCGCAAUUCGCGCCUUCUCGUAGAGCGAUAGUCGACGAACUGACUGUGUGGCAAGAUACUUUGCAGAGGGUCGUGCAGCAAGAGCAGGCGUUUGUUCUUCAAUAUCAGGCUUACGUGUCUGCUUUAAGGGAAUGGUCAAAUAGGAAGUUCCACAAUGACUCUGGGGUGCAUCCCACAGUAAGCCCAGUGGUGGAUUCACAAGCAUCACAAGCACCACCUGACAGUGCACCUGCAACGGAACAAUUCUCCUCAGAAACUGCACGAGACGUUGAUGAGCAAGAAGUGCUCGAACCUUCACGAAACGCAGACAUAACGGAAUCGCGGGGACCUGGUGACCUUGGAUUGAUGGCGCCUGGCGGUGACAUGGCACCUUCGAGCGUUCCGUCAAACGCAGAGCAGGUGAAUGCUUAUGAGUUUCAAUCCAAGCCGGCUUCUUCACUAGUGCAGGUGAAUGACACCGGAGACUACAGUGCAACCAGAUUUGCUCGCCAAGUGGUCAAUGAGAAACCUCCGUAUACUCCACAUUUAAGAGAAAGCUCGCUACCGUCUGCCCAAGUUGCUGUUACAGGUCAGCCGGGGGAUGACGAAUUCGUAGCUCAUGAGGGACCAGAAACAUCCGAAGUUCUACGAGCUUCACAUUCCACUGAUGCCGGACCUGAUUUGGUUGAAAAUCCUCCGGAGAUUGAUAGGACGUCUUCUGCUAUCGAUACUGAGAUGACAGAUGUAGAUUCGGUCGUUGUGGCUUCUCAAGGAUCAGAAGCGGUCCACAAUAACUCGAACGCAGAUGCCACACAGGGGCCGCCCUUUGUGGUUCCUCGGGGAGUCAGAGGACCGUUGACCACACCUCCCAGCAUGCAUGCAUCGGCAGGGAUUCCACCUUUUUUCGCCAGAAAGGAAGACAACGAUUCAGCUGAUUCCCCGGCGAAAGAAGUACUCCCAGUUUCUGUGGCUGUAGACCAACAUGACGAAGCCAUUCGAGAAUCAAAUGGGACGAAGGCACCGAAGGAGGCAGGCAGCAGUGUGUUGUCGACAUCGCAUCAAAACGAGAGCUCGAAAGGAGUCGCUUUGGAGGACAACAGUCCUGGCAAAUCUCCCUCGUUGCCGGCAGUUCCGGUGGAAGGACUUCCUGGCACCAAAGCUGUGGGUGAACGUAUUGCGGCUGAAACAGAGGAGGCGUUUAGCGGGAGUAAAGGAGAGACGGUUCACGGGCACUUGUCCACACCUGAAUGGGUGGACAGCGAAUCGGACACAGAGCGGGGGCUGUAUGGGCGGCAGGACUCGAUGCUGUUGCCGCCACCAGAUGACGUGGAGACGUUGGAUCUUUAUUUGUCGCUGCUUCAAAGCACGUUCUUCAAGUGCGGGGCGCUCCUGUCUCGAGCUCUCUUGGCAGAUGACAGCAAGGAACUGACCUGGUUCUACCAGGAGGUACUACCCAGCAUGAGUCACCUUGGUCGCGUUUCGAUCGCGGUGGUGGCCAGUCAGCACCGUCGCGGUGUGCGGUCUGCUGCGUCUGCCGAACGUCAUCUACAGAAGAUUCGGUCAAUGCUGUUUCAUGUCACUGUUGUGGAUGAUGCCUUUCUGCAUGCAAUUUACGCGAGGGACGAACCCCCCACUUCAGAGCGCCUGGAAGCGUCAGAUUCUGAUGAGUACCGCAAGCCGAACGCGCGUGCCAGAAGUCAGAAAACAAAGAAAGACAAAGUCAAAGUCGAGGGCACACGGGUUGGCGCCGCCAUCGAAUUUGCAAAAGCGCACCUCGUCAAGCCGUGGGUCAUCGGUCUUCUGACUUUCGCGUCUCUUGUUGGUAUCGACCACUAUGGCUAUAACAGGUACUACUAAUAGUUGUGUGUGUUGUCUUGCCACGGAGCACUGAUGGGUGUGAGAGGGCGCUUGAGAAUGACGGGAUUGCUUUUUCGGCUGGGUAAGAACACAGACUUUUUACGCUUGUCUUUUCUGCUUGGCAUACAUUCAACGCGAGGGAACGCGCCGCCGUUUUGGUCAACUUUGACAAAAGCGCGCUGAUCAUGACUGAGCUCGUAUUCCUCCGAAUCCCUUUCUCCAUGUGCAGUGCUAUUAGAAAAACAUUGAGCGUAAAUAUCUUUUGAGUCGCAUACUUACUUGUGCGUGUACACGUUGUGACAAGCAGUGUGCGGCCUCGUGUACAGACUCGUGGAUUAGGCUCUGAACUUCGGCAGUAGACAAGCUCGUCAUAACUGCCCCUCUUUCAAGCCGCGUGCCAGCCCAUCUGAUGGUACAAGCAAGUGGUUCUUACGCAAUUGCUUAUGCAAACGUGUUCAUAUCUACCGUCGGCCCAGGUCCUUAAUAUGGAUAUUGCACUUUGUGGGAGAACGCGACAACGAAUUGCAGCGGACAACGGCAACUUUCACCAAACGAUAUUUGAAAGGCGUGAGUAACAUGGAAGUUGGGAAGUUUGUGUCCUACAUCGUGCAUGGGGAGGUAGCGCGACACGAGCUGCCGGAGAGCGUAGUUUGGGGAUAACGGGGUGAGAACUGAAAUUACGUUUUUAUGGUAUUUCGGCAGUUGUUCUCUCUAAACGUGACUGCUGCCUUGCCGAAGGCGCAAAUUGGUGCAUAAGGAGAAACAAUGACACGGCAGUUAACCUUUACCGGAUCAGGAUAACUCACAUCAUUUUCCAUGCGCAACCGCCGUUCUCCUCUCGUCUGCUUUAAUUGUCGCGUUUUUUUCCUAUACUUUUGCGCAGCCAACGUUCUGUCAGUUGAAGGAUGCCGCCAUCGAGCUAUUAAGGUCAGCGAAGUACAUGAUUGCCAGCUGUCUAAUUUCGCGAUGGCAGAUAGCGUUUCUCAAUGGGAACAGGUCCCCUUUUGUUUUUUUGGCAUGAGCAUGCCUCCGGCAACGUGGAUUUUUAGCCGAUUCGAUCGGGUGUUUCUCAUCGCCACGGGCGUCGUGGUGUGCCGUCUGCAACUUUUUGCAGCGCAUGACAUUUGCCUUUCUCGGCGUCGUGUUAUCGGUCACGGUGCCUCUGUGUGCAACCUGGACGUAACAAAACCCUCCUGUGGUGUGAAUGCCGUCACAGACGAAACUUACUUGGUGCACCACACAUUCACACGCAUCAGUCCGCUUCACAGUUACGCAUGUGGCAGAACACUGUAAAGUUCAACUUGACGAAUCAGCAAGCAUCCAACGCUAGAAUCUCACUAAUCCUAGAAUAAUAGCG